ACGACGAUGAGAGAGAGAGAGAGAGAGAGAGAGAGAGAGAAUACGCCACAGAUAUGUAGGAUGACAACCACCAAGUUGCACUAAUUUUAGUCGUCUCGGACCUCUGACCGGCUUUCAACUAUUUAACAAAAAGUCCGCCUUUGCAAUAUUGCAACGUAUCACUUACGCCGUAUAAAGACAGUAUUUGAAGAUGGAUCAUUCUUUAUCGGUUGAGGAUGCAAUGAGAAAGAGGAAAAAGUCUUGAGCUGAAAUAUUUUCGCUGGACGGAUACGUUGAUGUUGUUUUGUAAAUGUGUUCAGGGUUGGUAGAGGCAUCUGCUUCGUUCAUCAACCGGAAUAACCCUAUGGGAAGGGCGUAUUGUGUAGCAAAUUAGUGACCGGGGCUUGUAAUUUGUAAUUAAAUUAAAGGGAGCUGUUUUUUGGUGCACCUGCCUUUUAUUUACGCGACAUACUGGUGGAUAGACUUGCUGAUGCCAACAACGCCAGAUUGCCUAUAUGGCAGGAUCAUGAAGUUCUUGACGUUUUUCCUUUUACUUCCAGAAACCUUAAAAAGGAUUAGAAAGAGUGGGAAACAGCUCGGCAAGCUGCCAGUAUGCUAUGAAAUCGUGACUUUGUCCUUGAGGAAGAAGAUGGCUGCAGAACUCUAUCCUGCCAGCAUAAAUACCAACCUCCCAAACAGUAAUGAUACAGCAGUAACAGCGGCUAGCAAAAAAAACAUCGUCCAAGUCACUCAAACAGUGACCACACCAACUGCAACUGCCACUCAGCAGAACAUCAACAACAAUAACGUUGAGACUGCAAGCUGGCAGUCCACUCAUCCGACGUUGCGAGAGAGGAAUGCUUUGAUGUUCAAUAACGAACUCAUGGCAGAUGUUCAUUUUGUUGUGGGUCCUCCUGGCGAAUCCCAAAAAGUUCCAGCACAUAAGUACGUGUUGGCAGUGGGGAGUUCUGUUUUUGGUGCCAUGUUUUACGGUGACCUUGCAGAGGGAGAAUCAGAGAUCCAUAUCCCUGAUGUGGAGCCUGCUGCUUUUUUAAUACUUCUGAAGUACAUGUACAGUGAUGAGAUUGAACUUGAAGCGGACACAGUGCUGGCCACUCUGUACGCUGCCAAAAAGUAUAUAGUGCCUGCACUGGCCAAGGCCUGUGUCACCUUUUUGGAGACCAGCCUGGAGGCCAAAAAUGCCUGUGUGCUGUUAUCUCAGAGUCGGCUGUUCGAGGAGCCUGAGCUGACCCAGCGGUGCUGGGAGGUCAUUGAUGCUCAGGCUGAGCUGGCCCUUCGUUCUGAAGGUUUCUGUGAGAUUGAUCUUCAGACCUUGGAGAUCAUACUAAAGCGAGAGACUCUCAACACCCGGGAGGCAGUGGUCUUCCAGGCUGCUCUUGAAUGGGCUGUUGCCGAAUGCAAAAGGCAAGGACUGGGACCAACGGCUCGUAAUAAAAGGGCAGUGCUAGACAAGGCCCUCUACUUGGUUCGCAUCCCUACAAUGACCCUGGAGGAGUUUGCAAAUGGAGCUGCACAAUCAGACGUUUUAACACUGGAAGAGACUCAUGAUGUCUUCCUGUGGUACACAGCAGCCAAUAAGCCUAAGCUGGAGUUCCCACUGCAAAAAAGAAAGGGUCUGACGCCACAGCGCUGCCAUCGUUUCCAGUCCUCUGCUUACCGUAGUAACCAGUGGCGCUACCGUGGACGUUGCGAUAGCAUCCAGUUUGCUGUGGACAAGCGGAUCUUCAUCGCUGGACUUGGCUUGUAUGGAUCCAGUGGCGGAAAGGCAGAAUACAGUAUCAAGAUUGAACUCAAGCGCCAAGGAGUCACCCUGGCCCAGAACCGAACUAAAUUUGUUUCAGAUGGGUCCAGCAACACAUUCUCUGUAUGGUUUGAACACCCAGUUCAAGUGGAGCAGGAUGCCUUCUACACAGUCAGUGCCGUGGUGGAUGGGAAUGAACUUAGUUACUUUGGACAGGAGGGUAUGACAGAAGUACAAUGUGGAAAGGUGACUUUCCAGUUCCAGUGUUCCUCAGACAGUACCAAUGGAACUGGAGUGCAGGGGGGUCAGAUUCCAGAGCUGGUCUUCUAUGCCUAAAGUUGUCAGGACAUUUACACUGCAGUUCAUUCUGCUCAGUGGAUUUAGAUGGUUUGAAUACAGGAGAAUACAGGGUCUCAUGAGGCUCUUGCCGUCUUCAUAAUGUAGCAUUUGAGAACUUAGAUGGACUCUUCAGUACCACAACAGACUCUGUUAUGGCAGAUUUUGAUUGAAGGAAUAUCCUUCAGCUUUAUUUAUUAAAAAAAAUCUAUAUAUUUGAUUUUAAUUAUUGAUGCUGCAGCAAGCAGAUCUAUGUGUGUGUGUGUGUGUGUGUGUGUGUGUGUGUGUGUGUAAAAUAUAUAUAUAUAUAUAUAUAUAUAUAUAUAUAUAUAUAUAUAUAUAUAACGCAGAUAAUUGUACUACUCUUAUAGUGGAUGGAAGCCACUAGUCAGUGUGUCAUGUUUUGUACAUAACUUGAGGUAAAUUGUUUUGCAGCUUGAUGCUGCCUGACAAAUACAAUGUCUUGUAUCAGUGAUCAGCUUCCUUAAUUGCAGAUUAUAAACUUUUUGUGACUCAAGCCAAAAGUUUUUUCCCUUGUCUGUAAAUAGACACUCGACCACAAAAUUCUGUGUAGACUUGCUGUUUGAAGGUGAAAGUACUGACAUCCAUCAUCAAUAGCAAGGGAGGUUGAACUAAGGAUGUGCACAAGUAAUUGAUUAAUCAAGCACUUGUUCUGCACCAGCUAUUUGAUUAUUAAAAACACUACUUGAAUAACACAAA